AUGCAGUCGUGGCCUAAUCCCAGCCAAGACGACGGCAACGGGCAGGAUGCAUGGCAAUCUGGGUUUGCCUUUGGCGACCAAGAGGCCACCUUCGAUCCGAAUCAGCAAUGGACCCAGCAGAUGGCGAGCCAAACGACCGAUUUCUCGCAUCUACACCAAGACCCCGCCGGAUUCUUCGACGCGCCCUCUUCAUCUGCAAAUCCGUAUCUGCAAGCGCAGUCGCUGCAUGGUAGUCCCACCACCCAACCUGCGUUCCAAGCCCAGCAAUACGGUCAACAGGGCCAGGAUGCCAUUGACCCUGCCUUUCAUAAUGCACAUCCGAACUUGUAUGCACAUGGAGCCAAACCCAACACUGGAGCAAGUGACAACCAAUUGGACGAAGGGCAACCGUUUACUCAGCAUCACUAUCCUUUCCCUCCGCAAGGAACCUCAGCCUUUCACCAGCAACCGCACUUGGUCGCGCAACCGCAGCUGCAGCAACAUCAAACCAGCCGCCAACCAGAGCAGUUUUCCACGUUUGCGCAAACUCAACAUGCGACAGUUCAGCCCCAGCGUGUCGUCGCGCCUCAGGGCAGGUAUCGCCAGGGAUCUGGACCUGCUCAACCCCCUAGUGGUCAACCGACGCAAUAUCCAACCGAUCCGCGUAUGAAUUAUCCCACGCCGAGGCAGCAAUAUCAGUUACCAAGCGAACAAUUAAAUACACAACGGCCUACGGGACAAGGCUACCAUGAUGGUAUGCUCUCGUUUCCAGAACGGCCAGCUAUUGUCCAACAAAACACCAUGCAACAGAACUCGCAAUACACGAUCAACGCUUUUUCGCCUGUCGAUACAGCCGGCUCCGCGGCACACAAGAGAAAAAGGUCAACGAAAAGCUCAGACACGGGCUCCGAAACACCCCAGGAUUCGAUAGCUGAGGCGUCAUGGAAGAAGCCAGAAGAUAUGGAUCUCUAUCCUGUUCCUGUGCCCUCUGCCGGAGACCAAGAGCUCCUGGCGAAAUUUAGUAAACGCAGCAAAUCCGCUCAAGUCAAAUAUCCAUCCCUCGGUGGCCUGCCACACCUGGUCUUCGAUGGCAGUAUAAAGAUACCCGCCCCCAAGAGCUUCGAUAAACUUGCACCCCUCGUCACACUACCCUCAAGGUCUGGCAAGGCCAUGGUGCCCGAACUUGGCUAUAGUUUACCCUGUGAAAUCCAGGGAAACUUCACAAGCCAAUAUCGUCCAGCGCCCGAUCGAGCUGGUCUUAAUGAGAGGCGCAUGGAAGCAAAGGACAUCCUAGAUCAAUUUGAGGCGUCUAUGAAAGCUAUGGGCAAGCGCCGCCCAAAGUACACAGAGUAUCCCCAUGCCUUCAAAGAACAGAUGAAGUCAGACGAGGCUUUGAAAAACAAAGCUGGGAAAAAGGCUAAAAAGGAACUUGAAGGUGACGGUAAACCUGCUCGCGCCGCUGUUCGACCAACAGAUCCUGUGGAGGCUGCAAGUUGGGAUGUCAUUGGUAUUGUGCAUAUCGACGAUUCCGCUGCCCGCACAGGCUCGUCGAUUGCGCAGCGAGUGCAACAGGCUGGCGACCUGAUCAUUAAGCUGCGAGGAGAAAUGAACAAGGCGAAACAGGAGCUAGAUCAAGCAAGUAAGGACAAGAAACCGGAGUCUCAAGUUGCUACCAUCAAAGCAAAUUACGAGCAGAAAAAAGAAGCCUUCUAUCGUGCGCUGGACUCGACACUUCUUCAUGCCGACAAUGCUGUUUUGGAUAAUCUGGGCGGCCAUCAGAAGCUUAUUCUGAGUCUCGUCAACGCUUUGAUUUCUUGCAUCAAGGCGGCCGACUUCUCAGGCAAGCUCCCGAAAACCGUGCUCGAGCUUAUCUCAUUCUUCCGUAUGACGAGGAAAAUCAUCGACACGACAAACUUUGAGACUGUUCGGAAGCGUUUCGGUGAUAAGGGCGACGCGGACGUCAAAGCAAUCAUUCAAGAGAUUAACAACAAGAUCAGAAAGGUGAUGAAGGCUACUGAGGCUGACACGGCGACUGGCUACACAGGCACGUCAGCUGCUAGUAGAGCCAAGGUCGGGGCAAAACCCUCGACCGACACUACGAUAAAGCGAAGCCGAGAAGACGACUCCGACAGCCGGAUCUCCAAGAAGAUUGUAGUUGAGCAACCCGGCAGCUCACUGCUCAAGAAACUUGCCCAACCAAAAGCGCAAGCACAAAUUGUCUCCAGGCCUGCCGCGAGCUCCAUUCUGCCCGGGAAAAGUCGACCAGCUGCCAAAGCAAUCGUCAAGUCUGAAGGCGCCGCCAAUGCAGUCAGCCCCGCAGCCUCUAGUGAUGAGAAGCCCAAAGCCCCAGUCCGUAAAGCCUCUGACAGCAAGGUUGAGCCUACAAAGACACCAGUGCCCAAGCCGGCGCCGUCAGCUACAUCUAGUGCACUUUCUGGUAUUGCGUCACUCUUGGACUCCAUCAAUGCACCAAAGGCCGAAGCCGCAGCACCUACCGUCAAUAUUAAAGAUGCCGACGUUGAAGUCGACGCCGAAUCCCCUGCAGCGAAAGCAAAGCGGCUGCGGAAGCUCGAGCGUCGUAAAAUGCGUGUUACGUGGAAGCCAGAUCACGACCUUGUGCAAGUAAGGGUCUUCCAAAAGGAUGACAACGAGGACGAUGGACGCGCUAUGAAUAUGAUUCGCGAUGCGGCCGAUGACAAGUCUGAAGGCAUGAUGCUAAAGCAGCGUGUCGGAAUGGACGAGGAUGAGGACGAUGAUGAAGUUCCGUACCAACCGUGGAUUGGGCCUGUACCAACGGAUCUUUCUGGGCUUACGGCAGAAGCCAGAAGCAAGAACUUUGUCACCCGUGGUGGUAAUGUCCCAUUUUCGACCGAAGAACAGAAGCGCAUCGCAGAAAGAGAGCAGAGAGAGCUUAUGGCUAUUUAUACCGAUCCUGGCGAUAUUCCGCCAUCGCCCAAAUCACCUCCACUAGAAUCUGUACAGCCCACAAUCAACGGCAAGGUUGGACAGCUGCCAAGUGAUGGCGUUAAGUUUGCUGAAAUCCAGCGACGCUGGGCCGAUGAGCAGCAGAUGGGCGUUGAUCAGGCAUUGCUUGCGGCAGUGCAACGUCUCGAUGCCAAGCUGAGCCCCGCUCACAAGCUUGACACAAUUCUCGGACGUCUUCAGAACAGUAAGGCUGUCUUAUCCGCGAAUCAACAGGCCGUAGCUUCUACCGCGAUGCAGCAACCUAUUUUGGUGGCAGCAAGCAACGUACCUUUGAUCGUUGGCCUUGCCGCAGAAGAAGGCAUUCUUGCAUGGCUACGCUCAGAUAAGAUCGCCGUUUGGCGAGAUCCGAACCCUGUCCAGGGGGAUCUCUCACGACCACAUCGAUACGCAGAUCCUUCUACGGAAGCUGCUGGUCAGGUCAUCGAGGCUGUUGCGCAGUAUCUUCAAGGAAAGCCUUAUCCAGCCAAUGCCCCCCCUGAUUGGAUGCUUCAAUAUGAAGACAAGGUUAAAGAGUGGUGGUUUGGCUACAACAAGGAAGCGCCAGCAAGGCAGCGCAGAGAGGAGGAAAGACGGGCCAGAGCUGCUGUAGAGGCCGGGCUAGCGGUUGGCGCACAGGGGACACAAGAUUGGUCAUACGCACAGCAACAAGAAUAUGCGCCUUAUAUGGCAAUCCUGCAACAAAUGAAUGUUGGAAACCCGGCGGCGCCUACUCCACCGCCGCAACAGCAGCAAGCACAAAUUAACGAUAGUCAGCUGCAGUCCAUUCUGUCGGUCAUCAACCAAGGGCCACAGCAGACCAGCCAACCUAGCAGCGAUGCUGCGUACCAGCUGAUAAUGCAGAUGGCACAAGGGCAGGCUGCACAGCAGCAACCGCAGCAGCAGGCGCCGCAGCAGGCGUCUGGGGGAGACGGGGAUAAUGAUUGGGACAGAGAUGAUGACCGAGACCAGGACCGAGGGAGAGGGCGAGACUGGGACCGCAACCGUAGUGAAGGCGGCCGCGAGGACCCCUACCGCGACAGCAGGAAGAAGAAGCCAACGCUACCACCGCAUAAGCCAGCUAAUAAGGCUUUGAUUGGAACUAAGGCAUGCACAUUCUGGCAACAGGGCAAGUGUGCUCGUGGUGAACAGUGCACAUUCCGGCACGACUGA